AUGUCUUUCAAACUGAUCCCCAAAUUUCUUCUUCUUUCUAUCAUUCUUCUCUCCUUUAAUGAAUUUGCAACAGCUGACGAUUCUAAUGUCACAAGAAUUGGAGUCAUAAUCGACGCCCAUUCUCCAAAUGGAAGACAACAAGAGAUUGCCAUCAAAAUAGCAGCUCAAAGUUUCAACCAAAGUUCAGAUUUUCACAAACUCUUUAUCCACUUCAAGAAUUCCACUGCCGACCCCCUUCAAGCUGCUCGUGCUGCUGAGGAGCUUAUUCAAACUGACCAUGCUGAAGUAAUAAUUGGAAUGGAUUCAUGGCAAGAAGCGACUUUAGUGGCGGAGAUCGGUAACCGGGCUCAAAUCCCAGUUCUUUCAUUUGCAGCUGCUGCUACAGAAGCUCAUCUAGCGCAGCUGCAAUGGCCUUUCCUGGUACAAAUGGGUUCCGAUUUCUCUGGACAAAUGAAAUGCAUCGGAGAAAUCAUUCGAUCGUAUAACUGGAAGAAACUAAUCGUAGUUUACCAAGAAGACACAGGCGGUACUGGUCGGACUAUGCUGGCUCGAUUGUCCGAUGCACUGCAGGGUUCAGGUUCAGAAAUUGAGCAUCGUUUGGUUUUUCCUCCGUUAGUUUCCAUCGAAGACCCAAAUGGGUUUGUUCUGAAGAAGAUGACGGAGCUAAUCGGAAAACAAUCGAGGGUUUUUGUUGUUCUACAGGCGUCUCUUUCGCUAGUCAUUCAUUUGUUUGAAGCAGCUAAUGAAUUGGGUUUUAUAGGGAAAGACUCUGUCUGGAUAAUCUCCGGCUCUGUUUCAUCAACAUUGAGAUCUUCCAACACUUCUAUUAUCACAUUAGCGAAAGGAGUUAUUGGAAUUGAAGAUUACUACCCUGAUGACAGUGCCCCUUUUAGAGAAUUCAAGAGCAAAUUCCAGCCUCAAUUCCACCUUCAGUAUCCAAACGAAGAAGAUUCAAUCCCUGGAAUUCACGCCUUACGAGCAUUCGAUAGCGUCAAUGUAAUCGCCAAUGCUUUGAAAACGAAAACAAAACUUCUCGAGAACAUUCUUUCGAGCAAUUUCACCGGCCUAACUGGUAACAUUACUUUUGAAAACAGGGAGCUAGUCCAUCCCUCGGUUUUCAAGAUCAUAAAUUUCAUAGGAAAAACCACCGAUGAACUAGGGUUUUGGUCGCCUGAUUUCGGUUUCAAGGGAAUUGAAGGUGUUAUGAAUAAUGGGAACAACAUGAAAGAAGUGUUAGUUGAUGUAGUAAAGUGGCCGGGGAAACCAAAGGGUGUACCAAAAGGAUGGGCUAUGCCCACAAAUCAAAGACGGUUGAAAAUAGGAGUUCCGGCCAAUACUUCAUUCGAAAAAUUCGUUAAAAUUAUCUUAAAGGAAGAUAAACAAGAAUACACGGGUUUCUGCAUCGAAUUUUUCGAAGAAGCGAUACAAAUUAUCGAGAAGAACUAUUCAUUGCCUUACGAGUUUCUUCCGUUUAUCGGAACUUAUGAUGCAUUGAUUGAUAAUCUCAUCAACAAGACAUUUGACGCUAUAGUUGGAGACAUAACCAUACUUGCAAACCGGUCAAAAUAUGUGGAGUUCACGCAACCAUUCGCCGAGUCGGGGCUGUCUAUGAUGGUCCCGGUGAAAGGGGAAGGGAACCGAGGUUGGCUUUUUGUGAAGCCAUUUAACAAGAAAAUGUGGUUGGUAACUGCCCUUGUUAUGAUCUACACUACCCUCAUUGUUUGGUUCUUAGAACGACAAUCCAAUCCUGAAUUUGGUGGCCCUUGGAAAAAUCAAAUCAGCACUGCCCUUUGGUUCACUUUUUGUACGCUCUUCUUUUCUCAGAGUAAGGGAUUAUUAUUUGAUACAAAAAUGUUCACGAUUUUGGUUAAAUUACCACAAUAUCAUUAAUUACUAUUUUUUUUUUGCAGGAGAAAAAAUUCAAAGCAACUAUAGUAGGAUAGUAGUUGCCUUAUGGUUAUUUGUAGUAUUUGUAGUAACGUCAAGUUAUCAAGCCAGCCUCACCUCAAUGCUAACGGUCCCAAGGCUAGUUCCCAACAUAACCGAUGUAAGCUGGCUCAUCAAGACAAACGCACCCGUGGGAUGCGAUGGCGACUCGUUUGUAAAAAAUUACUUAAAACAAGUCCUUGAAUUUAGCCCUGCCAAUAUCAAGAACAUCAGUAGUCAGUACAGUUAUCCAGACGCAUUCAGAAGUGGCAACAUCACGGCAGCCUUCCUUGAGUUACCUUAUCUUAAGGUCUUUCUUAAGGAAAACCAUGGUUACCAAGUUUCCGGACCAACCUACAGAUUUGGAGGGUUAGGCUUUGUGUUCCAAAAGGGGUCACCGAUAGUUGAUGAUGUGUCUGAGGCUAUAUUAAUGAUGUCUGAGAAUGGAAAGCUAAAGGAUUUGGAAGACAAAUGGUUCAACGGUAGCAUGUCGAACACUGCAACCGACAUAGGAACCGACAGCCUUGGUUUAGAAAGUUUUUGGGGCUUGUACCUUAUUUCCAUAGUCAUAUCCACUGUUUCAUUACUUUUGUUCCUCCUCGUUGGACUCAAGAAUUACAUAUCCCUUGGAAGAUUCUCCCGAAAUUUUGGAAAUUGGUCAAAUUUGUUUCAAACCUUACGGAGGAGGCGGGUAGUUUAUCCUGGUCAAGCUCCUACUUUAAAUUCGGUUCCACAGUUAGGUGUAUGGUCGGGUAGAGGAUGGGAGUUGGUUAGCCCUUCAGAGAUUGAUAUGAAUAUUGAGAUAUCAAGGCCAAUUGAUAUUGAAAUUCCAGAGAUUAAUAGUAACACAUCUAAUUGACAUUCAGCUGGCUUUAAAGCUCAAUAGGACAACAUUAGGCAAUAUUAUUAAAUUUAAUUAUA